AUGGAGGUACACUCGAGAGAUACUGGUGACGGCACAACAAACGAGACGUUGAUAUCGGCGAGCCUUGCCUCACAUAUGACUAUAGCAGCCUUUACAGCCAUCGCCUGGUACAAUGUCAUCGAACUCGACAUUUCUGUUUACAUGGCGUUCAAACGAAAGAGGGGCCUCUAUUUUUGGUCUAUUGUCCUAUCCACACAAGGGAUCCUCUUACACUCGUUAGCCUUCAUCCUCAAGUUCUACGGCAUCAUCACCCAGUUUGAAGUCACCUGCACGAUGAUCACAAUAGGGUGGUACCUCAUGGUCACUGGGCAAUCUCUAGUACUCUACUCCCGGCUAAAUCUUAUCGUCCGAGAAACCUGGAUUAUCAGAGCCGUGCUCAUCAUGAUAAUAUGGAACGCCAUCACACUCCAUAUACCUACUACUGUGCUCACAUUUGGGUCAAACUCACCUAAUCCUGAUAGGUUUACACAUGGCUUCCGCAUUAUGGAAAUGAUACAAAUGACCAUGUUUUCAAUCCAAGAGCUAAUAAUCUCCGCGACGUACAUCUGGGCUACAAUGCGCUUUCUUCGCCCUGUGUACAAUGACCGAGUUCGGUCGGUCAUGACACAGCUUGUGUGGAUUAAUGUGGCCAUAAUACUCAUGGACGUGGCCAUGCUGACAAUGGAGUACUUGGAUUACUACUCGAUUCAAGUGGCAAUGAAGGCUGCGAUAUACAGCGUGAAGUUGAAGUUGGAAUUUACCGUUCUCAACCAGUUGAUCCGCAUAUCGAAACCGUCAAACAACUUUUCCCUCAACCUGGACGAACCAGGAAACCAGCCGGCUCCCGGAACGAGGCCUGGUGUUGCCAACCACUCAAGCACAACAAAACAUCGGACGUGGGCAUGUGGAUGGGCUUAA